UUUGAGUUGAGCUGCGUGAAUGAAAGAUUGCUUCUAUUAUUGAUGAUAUUUUAGUUGUGAGUAGAGAAAGAAAAAGAGAAAUGGCAUCAGAGGCAAAUUCCAAUAGGUGGUCUCUUCAAGGCAUGACUGCUCUUGUUACUGGUGGAACCAAAGGAAUCGGGCAUGCUAUUGUGGAGGAGCUAGCACAGCUUGGGGCUACUGUGCAUACUUGUUCUAGAAAUGAGUCUGAGCUUAAUGAAUGCCUACAACAAUGGACAACAAAAGGACUUCAAGUUACUGGUUCAGUUUGUGAUAUGGUUUCUUCUGCACAGAGACAUAAUCUCAUCACUAAAGCUUCCUCAAUCUUUCAUGGCAGACUCAAUAUCCUUGUAAACAAUGUGGGAACAAACACAAAGAAACAGACUGAGGAAUAUACAGAAGAAGAUUUCUCAUUUUUUAUUAGUACAAAUUUGGAAUCUGCAUAUCACAUGAGCCAACUUGCAUAUCCUCUUUUAAAAGCUUCAGAAGCUGCGAGCAUCGUUUUCAUAUCUUCCAUUGCCGGUGUGGUAUCUGUAAAUGUGGGAUCCAUAUAUGGUGCAACAAAAGGAGCAAUGAACCAACUCACCAAGAACUUGGCAUGUGAGUGGGCAAAGGAUAAUAUAAGGACUAAUUGUGUUGCACCAGGCAUUACUAAGACACCCCUCGCUGAUCGAUUCCUCAAAGAUGAACAGUUACAUGAGGAUUUCAUUAGAGGAAUACCUUUGAAACGGAUUGGGAAGCCAAAUGAGAUAUCUUCUGUGGUGGCGUUCCUCUGCUUACCAGCAGCUUCCUACAUAACAGGACAAAUUAUUUGUGUUGAUGGAGGAUUCACUGCAUUUGGUUUGUGAAUUUUGAGAAAUCUUGGAGGCAAAAGUUACAUAGUUGUUUUUAUUUAUAUCGAAUGAUUCGGCCUUGGACAUAAAAUAAGCUUAGGGGGAAUAAAUCACCAUUAUCUUUUUAAGUUGGGAUAAAAUUGUAUGAAAAAAUAAAAAAAUAUUGUCUUUUAAGUAUAUGCAUGUGGUGCAAUACAUGCUACGUUUGUUUUAUUACCUAAUAAUAGAAAAUGUGUAAAGUGUAUCUUCAGCUAGUCUUUUAAUUUUAUACAAUAUGUUAUUUUAGUUCCUUAA